UUGCGUCUGCGAAAGUUUACCUGGUACUUUUAAAUGGGAUGUAACGUAUAUUAAAGGCCAUCCAAGUAUUCAUCAUGUUUAAACAGUUAUUGGAUUAGUGUUUUGGUCGUAGCGAAUCACGCAACCAGUAAGGGUUGUACGAAAUUGAGUAUUUACAUAUGGUUGGUGGUAAAAUGAACGAUUUUAUCAAGUUUGAGAAGAUUGGCGAAGGUACGUAUGGAGUGGUUUAUAAAGGAAGAAAUAGGAAGACUGGCCAGCACGUUGCUCUGAAAAAGAUUAGACUGGAAAAUGAGGAGGAAGGCGUCCCUUCAACAACUGUCCGCGAGAUUUCGUUACUUAAAGAGCUAACGCAUCCAAACAUUGUUAGACUGGAAGACGUUAUUAUGGAAAGUGGAAGAUUGUAUCUUGUUUUUGAGUAUUUGGAUAUGGAUUUGAAGAAAUACAUAGAGCGGCUUGGAGAUGGGAAUUAUCUUGCACCAGAUGUUGUGAAGUCUUAUGUGUACCAGAUCACAUUGGCUGUGCUGUAUUGCCACAAACGCCGAAUACUGCAUAGAGAUCUGAAACCACAGAAUUUACUUGUAGGACCAAACGGAGUCAUUAAAGUAGCUGAUUUUGGAUUGGGGCGUGCUUAUGGCGUCCCACUCAGAGUAUAUACUCACGAAGUUGUAACUCUUUGGUAUAGAGCUCCUGAAGUUUUACUGGGCUCUCUCAAAUACUCCUGUCCAAUUGAUAUAUGGUCCAUUGGAUGUAUAUUUGCAGAAAUGACAACAAAGAAGCCAUUGUUUCAAGGAGACUCAGAAAUAGACCAGCUUUUCAGGAUCUUCCGUAUAUUAAAAACACCCACAGAAGAAACAUGGCCUGGUGUCUCUAAACUACCAGAUUACAAGCCAUCAUUCCCUAAAUGGACUCAAGAUAAUUUGAGCAGUUGCAUGAAAAACUUGGAUCCAGAAGGGCUGGACUUAUUAAGAAAAAUGUUAACAUACAGCCCUGCAGACAGGAUAACUGCAAAGAAGGCAAUUUUACAUCCUUACUUUGAUGACCUUGACACAACAAAAUUACCUACAACAGAAUCAUAGAUCCUUUUGGUUAAGAUUGAGCAAUUGUUUUUUGAAUGAUUGUGUUGUUGAGCUGGUUUCUUCAACAACACAUAAAGGCUACCAGUGGUACAAAGCUGAAAUUUGCUACUUCUGUUCCUGUCUUCUUUUCUUUUCUUUUCUUUUCUUUUCUUCUGUGUGUGUGUGUGUGUGUGUGUGUGCGUGUGUGUGUGUGUGUGUGUGUGUGUGUGUGUGUGUGUGUGUGUGUGUGCGUGUGUGUGCGUGUGUGUGUGUGGUGUGUAGCAAUAUUUAAUUUAAAAUAUUUUGUACUUAUAUAGACAGUGUAAAUACACAAUUUAUGUGCAGUUGUUGCUAAAAAUGAAAAUAUUUGAUAUACAUUAUUAAAACUUGAGAACAUUGUUCUAACAAUUGAAUAAAAAUUGAUUUGUGUUGAUGUCAAUUCAA